AUGGAAAUCAGACCUAUUGGGUGGAUAAGCGGGCAGGUGCUGAAGAACCUCUCUGGCAGACUUGAGGGGCUCCAGAAGGCAGUCAUGGACCUUAUAGAUGAGAUUAAAGAUGAACUCCCUAACAUCCUCAGAUUAUCAGAGUCUACUCAGAAAAACGAACCAGUGCAGAGAACAUCCAAGGUCAGAAUGGCUCUAGCUUUAGCUAAGAUCAACCGUGGAACAAUAAUUAAGGGACUAAACAGCAUAUCCAGCUCCUCCAAAUCAGUGGCCAAACUUCUGCAGCCGCAGCUGGCGUGUAGACUCUUAGAACUGAGACACAUAUCCCAUCGGCUCCUGAGAGAAGUGAAUGAACCCAGGCAACCCCUGACCAACAUGCAGGUCAGAAAGCGUUCUUUGUUUGAUAUCAUUUCUUUUCCAGCAAAAACUGCGUUAACUAGCAUAAUGUAUGCCUCCUAUGCAGCACUAAUCUAUUUGGCCGUCUGUGUUAAUGCUGUGCUUGGAAAGAUAAAGAGCAUUUUCCAAGAAGAAGAAUCCAUAAGGCAAAAUAGAGAGAGUGAGAAUUUUCGGAAAGCCUUUUCUGAGCCUGUGCUUCCAACGCCCGUAUUUUCUGAAGGUGAAAUCAAAGCGAAACCUUACAGGUCAUUGCCAGAGAAGACUGAGAACCUUGCAGGCCACCCCAAGCCUCCUGCCAACAAGCAGAGUAACAAGAUCCAGGUUUUACACUCCGUGUUUGACCAAUCAGCUGAGCUGAAUGAAUGA